UCGAUUGGUUACAGAUUUCAAGUAGAAGACCAGUGUAGUUGCGAUUGUCCUGUUGUGUAGAAAAACGAUUUGCCUGCCUACACAAAAUCGGAUUUUCAGGAAACCUUCCGGACUGGCAGACAUAAAGAAAGUAUCUCAGACACUGGAUAGACUUAAUCUUGUUGACUUGAAUGGACAAAACAACCAGUACACAGAUUCAGUUAGGCUAAAUCGACUGUUUGGAAACCCCGGUAUGCCUGUAAAAAAGAAAAGAAAGUCCUCUGGCUCAGAAGACCCCAGCGUCAGAAAGUGCAAAAUUACCAGUUACUGCAGGACACAAACACCUGGGCGAUUCAUUAACCCUGAAGAUCAGUUCUCUAGUAAGAAAUGCCUUGCGUGGUUCUAUGAAUAUGCAGGGCCGGAUGAUGUGGUUGGACCCGAGGGCAUGGAAAAGUUCUGUGAGGAUAUUGGCGUGGAGCCAGAAAAUAUUAUUAUGUUGGUGUUGGCUUGGAAGCUUGAGGCACCAAACAUGGGUUUUUUCACAAAAGAAGACUGGCUCAAGGGAAUGACUUCACUGCAAUGUGACUGCACUGAAAGGUUACAAGGCAAGAUGGACUACUUGCGCACUCAGCUGAAUGACGCAACUUUGUUCAGGAACAUCUACAGAUACGCCUUCGACUUUGCCAGGGACAAAGACCAGCGUAGUCUAGACAUGGAUACUGCUGAGUCAAUGUUGGCACUGCUCUUGGGAAGGACGUGGCCCCUGUUUCCUGUGUUCCACCAGUUUUUGGAGCAAUCCAAGUACAAAGUCAUGAACAAGGACCAGUGGUACAAUGUCUUAGAGUUCAGUCGCACUGUUCACCCAGACCUCAGCAACUAUGACGAAGACGGAGCCUGGCCUGUGAUGCUGGACGAGUUUGUGGAAUGGUACAAAGCCAGGCUGGCCUUAUAGCAGAAACCGGUUGACUUAUGUCAAAUAAAAGGGCAAGGAAAGCACAUCAGUGGAAGCUGUCCCUCCAUACCAAACAGUCCAGAGAACCCCGCCCCCCCCUUUACAGGCCUGCCCACGCCUCCUGAGCUGCUGGCAGACCCAUCAGUACCCAGAGACUUUCAGUGUUAAUUUAACUUUUUAAAAGGAAGAAGUCCAAAAAGGGGGACAGUUUUGUUUUUUUGUUUUUUCUUCAUAUGUAUUGCAUCUUUUGCAGCAGUCACAUUGCCAGUGUUGUAUGAUCUGGUAGAGGGAAGUCAUCUGUUUAUGUAAAUUUUUUCCCUUUCAUUUUGAGUUUUGCCUUGUUUAUAGUGUUUUCAAAAGAAAAUAAAGGAAUUGUAAGUAAU